AGAUUUGUUAUGUUAGGUCAGGUUAACCGGAGGGCGGCAUGUGCCUCAAUAGGCGUCACUUAAAGUGUCCUGUCAGCGCCACCACCGGGCUGAGGGACAUUCACUAACAGCCAGUGGUCGGUGGAGCCAAGACAGCACACCACGAGGAGAAACCAUCCCAGAAGAGUUCAACGUUGGUAACCUGAACGUUCCUGCUAAACAGUGUUCAUUAACAUUAAAAUGACUCAGCAAAAACAAAAGAAGAAGGCGAGGUGCUGGGGGUGCUUCGACUGGCUCUUCGCCAGGCGGGCCCACCACAGCCCCUCCGAGGACUUCGACUCCACCGUCGAGGAAAUGAAAAACGCGGGUGCCCAGGACGAUGCAGGCGAACAGGGACAAGGGUCCCUGGACCUGGUCUGCCUGAAGAACGCUGCUCAGCCUCUCGCUGUGGUGGAGGAGGAACUCCCCUCCGACACCCGGGACGCUGAUGGGGAGGUGGGUAAGGGAGAAAUGGAGACCAAUUGCAAGAGGCCUCAAACUCUCGUCAUCACUAUCCACAUGGUGAAGAGAGAACGGGUCAGCAAACCCGUGGACGAAACAACAGUCGCAGAUAAAGACUGGACGCCAAAGGAGAGCCGUGGCAGGCGGCCUCAAACUCUCAUCAUCACUAUCCACAUGGUCAAGAGAGAAAGGGUCAGCAAGCCAGUGGACGAAACAACAGUCGCUGCAAAAGACUGGACGCCAAAGGAGAGCCGUGGCAGGCGGCCUGAAACUCUCAUCAUCACUGUCCACAUGGUCAAGAGAGAAAGGGUCAGCAAGCCAGUGGACGAAACAACAGUCGCUGCAAAAGACUGGACGCCAAAGGAGAGCCAUGGCAAGAGGGUUGAAACGCUGAUAAUUACUCUGCACAUGGUCAAGCGAGAAAAGAUAAAGGAAGUAUGCGAGGAGCUCCCCUCCGAGCAUCAAGACACUGCUGGGGACGCUCAGCCAGACGAGGGGGUGAAGGAGGAACUCUCCUUCGAGCAGGAGCAAGGGGUUGUUAGUGAGGCCGUUACCGAGCCACCAGAAAAGACGCCCCUCAAGAGCUGCUUCAAAAAGAAGGACGCACCUCCAAACCCCGCCGAGAAAAUUGUCAGGUUCAACUUCCAAAACCUGAACACUUUCGUCAAAGAUCGGGAACUGUACUGUGGCUACGACUACUUCAAGUACGGCUUCCCUCUCUCCAUGAUUCGUUCUGAGCUACAAAAGCGAAAAGAAAAAACAGUGAAGCCACAGGAAGAGGCAGCAAAGGAAGCAGUAAACAAACUGCCAGAGCCUCAGCAAACAGUAACAGAGAAGGCAACACAUAUACACAACAAAAACACUGAGCCACAACAUCUCACAGGGAUCCUCAAGAAAGGAAAGACGGCCAGCGCCGCUCAUAAAUGUCUCCGCUUUAACUUCCAAAACCUGAACACUUUCGUCAAGGAUCGUGAGCUGUACUGUGGCUACGACUACUUCAAGUAUGGCUUCCCUCUCUCCAGCAUUCGCUCUGAGCUGCAAGAGCUAAAAGAAACAACCGUGAAGCCACAGGAACGGCCAGUAAAGGACGCAGUAAACAAACAUCACACAUUACAGGAGCAGACAGUUAGAGAAACUUGCUGUACACCAAUGAAUGCCACUGUUGACGGGACGUCUCCUAAGGGUAUCCUUAAGAAAGAAAAGAUGCCACGGUCCACCUGUCCAAAACACGUGCGCUUCAACCUUGGUAACCUCCGCGCCCCCGUGAAGGAGCGUGAGCUGUACCGUGGCCACGACUACUUCAGAUACGCCACGCCGCUCCAGGUCACUCAGGCUCCCAACUGUACCCCGAGGCCUCACCACCAGCCCGUUAGAUCCGCCUCUAACUCGCUGCGUGGCGCACCUCGGCAGCUCGGGAGGCCGACGACACAGCGGAGGAACGACUCCUUCCAGCAAAACAGUGGCCGGAGUGCUGCACACAACUACACCAACAACCGCCACUCACAGCACCGCCAUCACAACUCCAGCAGCUACGUCUCGCCCAGAUACGAAACGAGGUAUUAUUCCGAAGGACAGGCACAUCCUGGCACCUACUCCCGCAGCAGAAGUCGUGUCAAGAGAGGCGCCAAGCCGAGUGGCGGUGAUGCUCAGUGUGCACAGGGCGAGUACACAGCGUCGUGAUCAAACUCACAUGCUACAUUCCGGGUGCAUUUCUCAAUACCCGCUGAACAGUAACUGUCGUUGAUUGGUGAUAACAAUGACAAACACACUGCCCGGAAUGACUCGCCAGCUGACUAAAAUCACCAUGCAGAGGAACACAUCCCAUGGAACGGUGCCACUUCUACGGAACAAAUUGUUCAAGAGUGUCGCAUCUGUGGGGAGUGGCUCGAUGCGUGUGUGUGCUUACAUUUCUUAUCUUAUAUUUCAAAUGAAAAAAUAGA